AUAUAUAUAUAUAUAUAUAUACACACACACACUAGCAUAUAUUAUUUGAUCCACAUGGGGAGCAGAGCAGAGCCUGCUACAAUAUAUUUAUGUGGGUGUCACUGAAUGAAACUCUUCCCAAGAUUCCAUAGUGAGUGAAGGUAAUAAAGUCCAUCACUUCCAAUGUAAAGACUAUUUUAUAGACACAGCAAUUAUUUUUUAACCAUUUUUGCCAUCUGUUGUUACAUUUAACCAUGCAAAUGGAAAAUAUUUUACCUAGUUAUAUACUUUAAUGUCCAAUGGAUCUGAUUUCAUCUUUCUAAACUCUGCCAAUCUCAAAAAUUCAUGCUUUCAAGGUUUUGUUCUCUGCACAUUUUGCUUUUCUCCUUCAGCAAAAGCAGUACCCAGUUGGGGUUUGUGUUGUUAGUUACUCACUCACUGUGAUACAUUUAUGUGACUCUCUGUCCAGUUUCUUUGGUAGGGUAUGAAUAUUUAUGGUGUUUUGGUCUGUUCUGCUUUAGAUCUCAAGUGCACAUGGCAUAUAUAAUGCAUUCACAAGAUUGUUUUUGGGUUUUAGUUCUCUCUUAAUUUCAUUUUUUGUUAUUGUGGGUGUUGAAGUUUUAACCUUUCAAGGUUUGCUAUUAUUACAAACAACAAUUGGGUUCAUUGUUAAUAGUGCCUAGCUUGUGUUUGAUGAUAUUUGUCUGAGAUAACAUUUAUAGCAGUUUUGCUAGAGUCACUUGGAAAAGCACAUUGAUUGUUUACUCAAUUUAGUGAGUGGGUUUUAAUGCAUAGAAUUCAUGAGAGUGACAUUUUUUUUAAAAUCCUUCAGACACUUCAUCUUAGGCUUUGAAGCUUCCAGUUUACAUUUAUUUGUUUUAAUUAUAUGGUUCUCUUUGCAAAAUCACAUCAUAGAUUGUGUUGCAUAAAAGGAAUCAGUGUUGGAAUUUAUACUCAAGUUGUAGAUCUAUGUGUGCACUCAGUUAGCAACUCAUAUUUCAACUAUAUGAUUGUGUCUCAUUGAUUUACUUGGGAUCUACAUUGUGUAACUGAGAUAGGCACUACUAGGGUGUUCAUCUUCAAGAAAGUGGGCUAAAGGGCUUUUUCUUUAGAAUUUAUUUACAGUUGUAGUGAGUGUGUUUGUAAAUGUGAUUGAAAGAGAGAGAGAGAAAGAGACAGAUCUAUAUGUUGUGCACCCACAAGGUCUUUGAGCUGUCUGUACUAGAUUAGAGAGGAGGCAAAAAUGAGGUCCAUAGAGGAUAAGGGGUGUUUGAACUAUGGACCAGCACAGGAGAUUUCAACAAGUAGUGCCAUUAGCUUUGAGUUUCACAAGGAAAAUGGAACAAACCGCACCUCUCAUCAUCGAACAGCCUUAGGCAAACCGACCCCAUCAAAGUGGGACGAUGCACAAAAGUGGCUAGUUAACUUGUCAAGGGGAGGGGAGAGGACCCAAUCCAAUGCCAAGCCACGAAACUCAAAUGCCGAUGACAGGAGAUUGAUAGCCCCGGUCCCAAAGAAGGAGGACUACUCGAGUGGCGAAGAGGAAAAUGGAUGCUCUGGCUCUGCAAGUAGAAUUCAGUAUGGAGUGGAGACAAAGAAGGUUGAUUGCCAAGAUCCAAUCUGGCGAAUCAAUAAGACUUCGGAACUUCCCACUUCAGCUGUUCGAUCAAUUUGUGUGAGGGACAUGGGGACAGAGAUGACUCCAAUUGCAAGCCAAGAGCCUUCACGAACUGCUACCCCGAUUAGAGCCACAACACCAGCAGCUCGUAGCCCCAUUUCCUCGGGGUCCUCCACUCCGGUAAGGUUUCAGCAUGGGUUGCAUACUCUCGAAAGCUCUCAGCCCGGUCUGACCUUUCCAGAGAGCGGAGGUGAGGCUGGCAGGGGCAGUGGUGGGACCAGGCAAUUUAGCCGAGACGGGGAAGAAUCCAAUGCUAGCAGAAUAGCUGAGAACAAGAACUCGGAACAAGAUAGAAAGCCAAGUCCUCUGGAAACCCGAGCACUGGCUUGGGAUGAAGCUGAACGCGCCAAAUACAUGGCCAGGUAUAAACGCGAAGAGGUGAAAAUACAAGCAUGGGAAAAUCAUGAGAAGAGGAAAGCUGAAAUGGAAAUGAAGAGAAUGGAGGUGAAGGCUGAGAGAUUGAAAUCUCGGGCGCAAGAGAGAUUGUCUAACAAACUUGCUGCAACAAGGAGAAUAGCUGAGGAGAAGCGUGCAAACGCGGAGGCUAAGCUAAAUGAGAAGGCUGUUAGAACAUCUGAAAGGGCAGAUUAUAUAAGGAGGACAGGUCACCUGCCCUCUUCUUUCUCCUCCUUCAAGUUGCCCUCUUCCUUUUGCUGGUAGCAUUUCUGCAGUGUAUUCACUUGUAUUAUCUACUGGUGUAAUUUUUGUUGGCAUGCCAUGUCUUUAUUUUUCUUCAAAUUUGAACUUGUGGAUUCAUUAUGAGUUAUUUGAUUACGUUAAUUGUUGGAAAUAUGCAUUCAUGGGAUCAUAAUUCCUUUGAAUAAAAAUUUGUUUAGCCCAUAUUAAGCAAA